AUGAUAACUGAGAUACCAACGGUGAUGAUAAGCGCUCCACAGACACACACAGAGACACACACAGAGACACACACAAAAACACACACACACACACACACACACACACACACACACACACCUUCACCUAUUUAUUCACUCACUCAUUCAAUGACACACAGAGACAGACAAUUGAGUGACAGAGAUGUAAAAACUGCUGGACAAUAA